CAAAGACAGCUCGUUUGAGCGACAAGUGGAGUUAUGUUUAAGAAAAGCAAGAGUAAAGUGCUGGUGGAUUAUGCGUCAGAGGAAGACGACAUGUCCUGGCACUAUCAUCACUCCUACAAGGACAAAGACAUAGAAGGAGAGGAAGAGGAGGAGGAAGCCGUCACAGCAGUGUCCAAGGAGGCCAAGGUGAAGAAGAUCAUGUCCAAGAAGGAGAGGAGGGAGAAGAAGAUGUUUUCCUCCAAAGAUGAUGAACACUUCUUGUUGACCGGAGUCAACCUGGCUGACCGCAGAGGGUCUCACAAGAAAAUCAAGGACGAUGAGAAAGAGAAAGAAAAGAAGGACAAGCCAGAUAAGGGCCUCUGUUUUUGGGAAAGCGUAACCAUGACAAUGAGGCAAAUCUCACCCACUAAAAAACUGGAGAAGAUGGAGGGCUGGGAGCCGCCUCAACUCAACAACUUAAACGAGACUGUGACUGACGAAGCUCCAGAGGACAAGACCCAGAAAGGGGACUCACCCAUGUCAUUCCCUGAAUCCUUAGGCCUCCCAUUGGAAUUGGCUUCCUGGGCAGGCCGGGGUCAAGAAGAGGACUCCUCACGCUAUGCUAACCUGUCGGAUUCCACAGCUGCUGUCAGGUGGACAGCCCGCGCCAAAGUUAAGCUGGCCGGUAUCAGUAGGAUGAGCAGAGCGAUUGUGUCAGAGAGCUCAUGGGAGGGGUUUAAAUAGUAGUUAUUUUUUUACCUUUGAUGCGUCUCCCUACUCACCUGUAUACCACCAAUAAAGAGGAUGAAGACCUGAACCAAAUAUCUGCUUGUCCCUCUAGUCUAGUUCUGGACUAAACCAGUUAAUGUUAACUGGUAUGGAGAUGCUGUAGUGUAGCCCUGAAUGUAACACAAGAAGUUUGUCCAUAUCAUU